CCCACGUUCAGUCCAACAACCCUCCUCGUCUCCACGAAGCCUCUCUACUCCUUCCAGAUGCACGCACAGUAACCCAAAGAAACAACUGCUUGUCCUGUAUAGGAAUAUAGAUUACGGAUUAUACAGCAAUUGUCUGAGUGGAAUUUGGAUUUGAGAUUUGAUGAUGACAGCACAACUCCUCUCCUGAAGUUUUUCUACAUAACAGCAGAGCUCUAAACUUCAUCCUUUUCAGUUCUAGUGUUGCCAUUAUUAUUUAUUCCCAUUGCUAAAUUUGGACAAAUGGACUGACAUCUUCAAUGAGAGACUCCUCCAGGAUUCAUCAUUAUGCAGGGAAUUAACUACUUUUAAAGAAGUAUGCACAUGAUGAUUAAUUUCCCAAAAGCUAUGGAAUUGUAUCUGCGAAUUCAGCUUUUUACAGCUUUUGCCUCCUGCAUUAAGGUUAAUGCUCAAGUGGCGCAAUCUGCGAAGCAUCCAGGCCUACAGGUGUUGGCCACAGCCUCGCAUUACUGGCCGCUCGAUGCCGUGGACGGUAUUCACGGACUGUGGGACAAGAUUGGAAACAGACCAGGUUAUGUUAACGGGAGUAACAUAACACUCAGAAUCCACAACCACACUGUGCUCCCUUCUUCCCAUAACUCUUCCUAUGUGUAUACCAAUGACUCUGCCUACACUAACAUUUCUGCAACAGUAGACAUUGUUGAAGGAAUGGUCAACAAAGGCAUCUUUCUGAACGGAGAUAACGGGGGUACAUUUCUUCAUUUUGGAAACUACCAGAACUCUUGCAUUAGUGACCCCACUUUGUGCGGCCCCGAGGGCAUUACCUUCUCCUUUUUUUGGAAAAACCACGAGAGAGAGUCUCGUUUUGCCAUAGCCUCUGGAGGGAAAGUGAUCUCCAAUGGCUUCUCGGUCUACACCAACCCCUACACAGGAUACGUGGAGUUUUAUACCCGAGGGAACAACCACAGAUGGAAGGCAAACAUCAAAGUUCCAGGGCCUUUCUGGACACACGUUCUCUUCACAUGGACUAACAAGGAUGGUCUGAAGGUCUACAUCAAUGGGACCUUCAAUUCUGGUGACACAUCUGGCUCUGUCACAGAGAACUAUGGAGACCUCUAUCCCGAUCUUGUUAUCGGAACUGGCAACAACAAGGGGUACGGUCGCUACGUCACCGGGGCCUUUGAUGAAUUUGUCAUCUGGGAACGGGCACUCACACCGGAACAAAUCAUGCUGUACUACCGUGCUGCCAUAGGUCAGCCCGAGGUUUUCGCCACGACACCUAGAGUUUCCAAAGAAGUCACUUCAAUUUCACCAACAGUCAGAGCCACCGAAGUGAGUCCUCCUGUGGUCAGCAGUGACCAAGAGGAGGUCCCAAGCUCCCAGGACCCAGAUUCCAUGCCAAUGCUUGGUUUCCUGAAGGCACUCCCAAAUAAGACCAUUCCUCACAACACUGCCAACAACCUCACACAGGCUUUUCUCAAAAGUGUGGAAGAAGUGCUGUCCUCUCCGGGGUUGCCAGAGCAGUCCACCCCUGUGGUCAGCGGCCUGAUUGAGACAGUGGACAGAGUGAUGGAGCAUAUGGUGACUAACCUGGAGCCCAGCCCGAACUCUCUCAUCUCCCUGGAUGGAACAUCGUUCGUAGCGGAUUACUCUCUAAUGAAAUUCCCACAGAACUUCAACCUACCGCAUUACCGCUUCCCCACUCAAGGCAAGAACUACAUCUCUGUGCCCGGAGAGGCGUUCGCCAUGCAGUCGCAAACCACCAUCGUCGGCCUCUUCUACCACAACAUGCACAGCUACUACAAAGAGAUCAGCCCCGUCAAGACCAGGAUCAACGAAGCGGUGGAUUUCAAGGAUCACAAAAUCCAGGUAGCAAGCUGUCUCAUCUCCCUGAAAGUGGAGCCUUUACCAGCCUUGUCUGUCAACCUCUCUGGAGCGCCGCUCAUCAGGAUUGUCCUCGCCCAUGUCUUGACUAAAGAACAGCAGGACCAAGUGCUUAAUCAGAGCAACAAAGUGUUCCUCUACUGUGCGUUCUUGGACUACAGUUCUAACGAGGGCGUAUGGUCCAAUGAAGGCUGCGUACGCUCAGAUGGAAACAUGACGUAUUCCGUGUGUUUGUGCAACCAUCUCACCAACUUUGCCAUCCUCAUGCAAGUCGUGCCUUUGGAGCUCACUACUGGCCACAGGGUGGCACUGUCAACCAUCGGUUAUGUUGGCUGCUCAAUUUCCAUCUUCUGUCUUGCCAUCACUCUGGUCACCUUUGCAGUCUUGUCGUCUGUGAGUACCAUCCGUAACCAGCGCUACCACAUCCACGCCAACCUGUCCUUCGCCAUCCUGGUGGCAGAGAUCUUACUUCUCAUAAGUGCUCGCUUUGACCCGGGCACGCUGCCCUGUAAGGUAAUGGCUGUCCUGCUUCACUUCUUCUUCCUGAGCGCCUUCGCCUGGAUGCUGGUGGAGGGCCUCCACCUCUACAGUAUGGUGAUCAAGGUGUUUGGCUCUGAGGGCAGCAAGCACUUCUACUACUAUGGCAUUGGCUGGGGCUCUCCUGUAGUGAUCUGUGUGGUGUCCAUAACGUCAGCUCUUGACAGCUACGGGGAAGUUGACAACUGUUGGCUGUCGCUCAAGAACGGAGCCAUUUGGGCAUUUGUGGCACCGGCUCUCUUUGUCAUAGUGGUGAACAUAGGUAUUCUGAUAUCUGUGACCAGGAUCAUAUCUCGAAUCGGUGGAGAGAAUUACAAGGUUCAUGGAGAUGCCAAUGCAGUCAAGCUGACUGUAAAGGCGGUGGCUGUGCUGCUGCCUAUUCUAGGCAUAUCUUGGAUCUUUGGUGUCCUCGCUGUCAACACACACUCUUUGCCAUUCCUGUAUAUUUUUGCUGUGUUCAACUCAUUACAAGGUUUUUUCGUCUUCCUGUUUCAUUGUCUUCUCAACUCUGAGGUCAGAGCUGCUUUCAAACACAAAACCAAAGUGUGGUCUCUAACCAGCAGCUCCAUCCGAAACAUCAAUGUGAAACCCUUCAACUCUGACAUUAUGAAUGGAAACAAGGAUGGCAUGACUCCCACCAAGAUGAACACGUGGGACAAAAGCACCAACUCAGCCAACCGUAUCGACCUGUCUGCCGUGUAGAGCAACGGAUCGCAAUUUCCGUCUGCGGAAAGAGAGCAGGGAGAGCAUUCUUCCACUUUUCUAUCGAAUGAAUUGGACUCUCAUCCACUCAAGUGAAAGUGAUACCAAAGGAGGUGUUUUGUAGUUGAAUCAUAGCUUCACCUUUUAAAGACAAACAGACUCUUGGGACUGUGCCUUACUAUUCUGUCAUAAUAACAAUGAAAAAAAAACAUCAUGUUUUUCAAAAACAAUACUGGGGAUUUCCGAGGAGGAAUCCGUUAGUGGAAUUCAGGGUAUGGCGGUGACGCUCCUUGUAGCGGGGUGUCUCACUUUGCCGCGUUUGCCUUUUUGCCGAGAGCUAGAUGACAAUUUUGAUACAACCUUCAUGUGUGCUGGGUAGAAAUGUAUUGUGAUAAAAGUAAAAAAAAAAGUACAAAUAGCUUUGGAGGCCAGGGGUGUACUGUACUUACUCUUUCCACUUUUGGUUAAAUAAAUGAUUGUCUUAAUCAACCACACCACUUUUAUCCACAGGCAAAUGCUUUCGUUAUAUGUUUCCACAUAUAAGGAGCUAAUGCCGGCAGUAGCAUCUGGUGCAAAGACUGCCCAAAGGUGGCGAAAUUCACCCACCGGCAUCACUAAUCUUCUUCAUGUUAUUCCUUGUUUAAUUAAAGUGCACUAAAAAACAUCACAACAUGGUGUGACCAAACCAGCUCAGCCUGAAUCACUUCUACUAAUUCACUGCUAUUUUGCAUAGGCACGUGCGUGAGAGUGGUACUGAUCUUCUCAUCUAACUCUUGGCAACAAAAGCAAAUAAGCUUAUCUUCAAACUGUUUCUUUGAAUCACAGUUACAUGUUUAUCAAAUCCUAAUUUAUCUCAUCCAAUACAUGAGACAGAAGGAGCUUUAAUUUGUGUGGAGAAAAGGGAAAAAACUUCGCCAUGUGUGGCAGUAAUAAGUGCUUUCAGUGCAUGGUUCGAUCCAAAUGCGGGAUAAAACAACAUUUCCGCAUUUUCUUUGAAUGUAGUGUAAGAUGUGUGCUUUAAAAUUGUGAUGAACUGAUUUCACCAGCUGUAACAGUAUUUAUAAUCACAAAGGACAAAAGGCAAACGUUUAGCUGGAAGAACUUCUCCAAUAUUUACCUUGUUCACACAGCUUCAACUCAGAUUUGAAGACAGCACAAGACCAUAAAUGCAGAGUAACCGUGGAUGAUUUAACAGUGAAUUAGACUCUUAUAUAUUGUAUUUAUUUAUUUCGUGAUUCCUGAUUCUUUAUAAUGUCUUCACGGCUGUCAGCAGCUCACCAAUCAGUAUGUUUUCAUGAUACAUUCUAUGUUUCUUUGCGUUUUCUCUGUAGAAAUGAAUUGACUGGCAUAGUUGCAGUACCUCACAUCUUAGUAAGCUCCCAUACAUAUGUUAUGCUUUUUGAGGAAAAGUAAAUGUUGGUUGUGUAUUUGACACAAUUCUGUGAAGUUUUCUUUAGCCGUUUCUUCUUUUUUUGUCUUUCCUUGUUUUUUCUUACACUUUUUGUACAAUUAAAUAUCAAAUAUGUUCUAUAGCAGAGGAACCCGGCAACGUUGUUUUUUUUUUUUGUUGUUUUUUUUUCUUAACAUACUGUGAGAAUGGAGAGAGAUGACAUUGGUUGAUCUUACACUGUGCCAACAUUAGGUUUCCUAAAACAAGAUUUACUGUAAUUGUCUCUUUAUGUCAGAUAUAAAGUUAAAUAUUUCAGUAUCGCUGAGCUUGUAAUUGGCUUUUAAUGAUUGUUUUAUGGUACUAUGGUUUGUGCUUUCAGUUAUCUUGAUUAAAAACUGUUUAUGAAAACAGA